AACAUCUUUUCCAACAUAUACACACGAACAAAAUCAAAUCCCAAACUGUACAUACCAAACGGGGUACACUUUCUCGUUUCUUGCUCUCGACGGCGUGACCAGCUGCGGCGGAACAAGCGGCGAACGAUGUGGGACACGGGAUGCAGAAGACACAGAAAAGACGCAGGAGCAACUAAAGGCGUGUGAUAUUCCUCUGUAGUUCAUCUUUUCCUGGUUCGUGUAGGGGCAACGAAGGCAAUUAAGCAUAUAACCUGGGGCUUUGCAGGUUCCUAACGAGCCACCUCCCUCGCGGGUUUAAUAGAAUAGUUGUAUGAUUAAGUCAAGUUCAACAUUUCAGGGUGAUAGCUUCCACCUUUAAAGGCUUGUGGUGGAGCUAGUGGAACAACUGUAAAAGAGCCUAACAGUGGAAGUAAAAAGUUGAGAUUCGAAGUAAAAAUUCAAUCUUACAUCCUUUUGGGGCCAUUGCUUUAUUGCAUAUGUGGCAUAGUAAUAUCACCAUGCGACUUGUAGAGAAGCACUUCUUGGGUUGAUCAUCCGUCGAUGUAAAAGCUGAUACUCGGGAUGUCUCAUUUCUUGUUGGGAGCCAUUUUGGUCCGGAGGCUUAAUGGUCUUGGUCUACUAUGUAGACGUGCUGCUUUACAGAGGAACUUGAGUAACUUAAUAUCUGAUUCUAUCAGAGACAGGCACUCCUUCGGUGCCAAAAUUAUCUUCGAAAAACCUUUUAAUCGUUUGCUCAUACACGGCUCAGCAGCAAACUAUUUGGAUUGCAAUGGUGGCUUGAUUAUUUCAACUAUUCGUACUUCUUGUUCGGUUCUGCAUGACAGGGGAUUUUGUACCCUUGCUGGGGAGAAACUGAUUGAAUCUGAUUUGCACGCUACUGAAACUGAAAACCAUUCGGUGAAGUCUUCUGCUGACUUAGAUGAUGGUUGUACCACGAUAGGCUGUUUUGAGAAGUCUUAUGAUGAUUCUGGUGAUGGUUUAGUGACCAAGAAAACAUAUGAAAAACCGGUGGAUUUCACUAAAAUCGAAAUUGCUAAGCUCCCUGUUGUUAUGAUCAUCGGUCGCCCUAAUGUAGGGAAGUCAGCAUUGUUUAACCGUUUGAUCCGGAGGAGGGAGGCUCUGGUAUAUAACACACCUGAUGAUCAUGUUACUCGGGACAUACGAGAAGGGGUUGCCAAGUUGGGUGAUUUACGGUUUAAAGUGUUAGAUUCAGCUGGAUUAGAAGCAGAAGCGACUUUGGGGUCAAUCCUUCACAGAACAGCAGGAAUGACUGCUAGUGUAUUAUCUAGGUCUCAGUUUGCAAUCUUUCUGACAGAUGGAAGAUUUGGACUUCAUCCUCUUGAUUUGGAGGUUGGAAAAUGGCUGCGCAAACAUGCACCUCAAAUCAAACCUAUUGUAGUGAUGAAUAAAUGUGAAUCACUCUUUGAUGCUAGUGGUUCUCUUAUGGCAGCUGCUUCUGAAAUGUUCCGUUUAGGAUUUGGGGAACCUAUUGCCAUAUCUGCAGAGACUGGGUUGGGUUUGCCAGACUUGUAUCAGUCUCUUAGGCCUGUUCUGGAGGAUUAUAUGCUUCAAGUCUUAAAUGGAACUCAGGAUGAUAGCCACGGUGAAGACAGCUGUUCCACUGAGGUUGAUGAAAGUAAAAUUCCAUUGCAGUUAGCAAUCGUGGGACGCCCCAAUGUGGGGAAAUCAACCUUACUAAAUACAUUGUUACAAGAAGACCGUGUUCUUGUGGGUCCUGAAGCUGGUCUGACAAGAGAUUCAAUCAGAACCCAAUUUGAAUUUCAAGGCAGAAAUAUUUAUCUUGUGGAUACCGCUGGGUGGCUGCAGAGGACAAAACAAGAUAAAGGGCCAUCUUCCUUGAGCAUCAUGCAAUCAAGAAAGAAUCUGCUCAGGGCUCAUAUAAUUGCUUUGGUACUUGAUGCUGAAGAGAUUGCAAAUGCCAGACGAAGUAUGAAACACGCUGAGGUAGUUAUUGCUAGACGAGCAGUAGAAGAGGGACGUGGUCUGGUUGUGAUUGUGAACAAGAUGGAUCUUCUUAGAGGGAAGCAAAAAUCUUCAUUAUACAAGAAGGUUAUGGAAGCUGUUCCUCAAGAAAUUCAGACAAUUAUACCUCAGAUAACAGGAAUCCCAGUUAUAUUCACUUCAGCUGUGGAGGGGAGAGGCCGGACAGCCGUCUUGCGGCAGGUUAUUGAUACAUACGAAAAAUGGUGUUCAAGGUUACCUACAGCACGCCUGAAUCGUUGGUUGCUUAAGGUUAUGAGCCGGCAUUCUUGGAAAGAUCAAGCAGCUCAGCCGAAGGUCAAGUAUUUCACGCAGGUCAAGGCACGGCCGCCGACGUUUGUUGCAUUCCUGCGUGGAAAGACUGAGCUUUCCGAUACAGACAUAAGAUUCUUAACAAAAUCCUUGAAGGAAGACUUCGAUUUGGGUGGAAUUCCUAUACGGAUCAUGCAGCGGUUUGUCACUAGGAGAGAUAGUAGUUGUAGCAGUGGCAACAACAGCCAAAAAAGCAAAUCUGUUGGCAAAAUGGUUGAAAGAGUCUCUUCUGAAAAGAGAAGCAUGUUGGUUGAAUGACCAAUUUUCAACCCAAUAUACAAAUAUGAAGAAGCGAAGUUGUUAGCAAAAAUGGUAGAAAAGGUCUCUUAUGAGAAGAGACGCACAUUGGUUGAAUGUCAAUUUUGAGCCAAAGCUGCAAAAAGAAGGGCUGAGAUUAGGUUUUGUUUUUCUUGCCAGAGAGCUCAGAUUAGUCGGAUGCUUACAAUGUAUUUGCUUCGGUCCUAAAUAUAGGAUAUUUUAAAUUCAUGCAUAUUAAGGAAAGAUGGUGCUAAUCUUAAAAAAUUAUCCCAACAUUCUACUUUAUAUAUUUCUAGAUUUUAUCAUUGGA